GCUGAGAAAAGCCCUUAGGAUCUUUUGCAGAGACUAAGUCCCAGUUGUAGAGACUUUGAGACUUUGAGUAGUGCAGCGGAGGUUGAGGCAGUUGAACCCUUGUACUACGGCUGUUGCGCCGCGGGACCACUUAGUACGAGUGCAGCCCCGGUCCGCCCUAGAAAAAACUUUUACCAGGAAGGAGGUUGUCUAACCACGGCUGCUACAGGCAGCCUCUUUCCCUCGCAGCGACCCAUCUUCGCCUGCCAGCGCGCCCCUCCUCCUCCCCCCUCCAACGGCACGCCCAGUGGCCCCUGGCCUCCCAUCCAGCGACCUGGCCCUGGGACAACCCUAAUCUCCACUUCUGAAACCAGUGGUCAAAACCACGUGCCCUCUCACGCCUGUUGUCAUUGCUAGCAGCAGUCUCAAACGCCGCCGAAGAAGGUUCGCCGUGAAUCUGAGAAAGGGAGCGGUGAACACAGAGAAUGCCGAUGAAGAGUAGCUCCCGUGCCAUGAUGGGGGCGCGCCGCCUCAUGCCUCUCCUGCUGGCGCUCGCGCUCGCUGUGGUUCCGCCGCCUUGCGCCCGCGCGGCAGAGCAGCCGUACGCUGCGAGUGGCGGCGCCGACAUCGUCACAGCCGCCGCGGAAGUGGCGGUGCUGCGGGCGGUGCGGGCGGCGAUCAGCAACGGGUACCAGUGGCUGCCGCAUUGGGGCGACGACUUCGACCCCUGUGGCCCGCUGGGCUGGGCGCCCGAAAUUACAUGCAACGUGUCGGCUGACGGCACCGCCACCGUCACCUCCAUUUCCCUGCGCGCUGGCCUGCAAGGGUCGCUCUCGCCGGCAGUGCUGCGCCUCCCCAACCUGCAGGCGCUGGCGCUGGGGCAGGUGUCGUUCGACGGCGCAGCGCUGCUGCCCAUCCUGCACAACCUCACGCAGCUCAAGCACCUUGCGCUGCUGUCGUCGGCCUUCAACUACCGUGCGGACCAGCUCGCCCUCACAGCCCUCACGCGCCUGCAGGACCUCACGCUGCAGCGCAUUGGACUGUCGGGCCGCCUGAGUGAUCUGCAGCUGCCGCGCCUGCCCUCGCUGCUCCGAAUAGACGUGUCAAUGAACAGCCUCACAGGGGAGAUUCCAGAAGAGUUCAGCACACGCCCCUACGUCCACAUAGACGUGUCCUACAACUCUCUGUCGGGCGCCAUCCCCCCGGCGCUCAUCGCCUCGCCCUCGCUUGUCAACCUCAUUCUGUUCUCCAACGAGCUUCAAGGGACCAUUCCCGAUAACUUCACCACUGCGACCCCUCUGCAGCACAUCGAGCUGCAGAGCAACCACCUCUCGGGCACCAUCCCACAGUCCAUAGAGAACGCGCCUUCUCUCUACUACAUCGACCUGGGGGCCAACAACCUCACUGGGCGCAUCCCUCAGAUCUUCAAAGGUUGCUCCUUUGUGGAGCUCACUCCCUUCCUCAAUCUGUCGGGGAACCGCCUGACCGGCUACGUGCCUCCCAGCAUCGCCGCCUACUCUCUGCGCAACAUCAAACACCUCGUCCUGGAUGUGAGCCACAACAACCUGUCGGGAGACAUCCCCCAGCAGCUGCUGCUGUCUCAGUCCACGCUCUAUCUGGACGGCAAUGCUGGCUUCUGCAACUACCCCGGCUACCCCGACUGUCCCGCACGCGUCCCCCUUCUUUCUGACGUGGAGGGCCUUGCUGCUGCCACGUCAGACGGCUCACCUGAUCAGUCCCAGCAGCAGCAGUCAAGCCUCUCCCCGGCUGCCGUGGCGGGCAUAGCCACGGCGGCAGUGGCGGGGGUGGCGGCGCUGGUGCUGGCAGCCCUGCUGCUGGCGCACAUGCGGCGCGCGCAGGGGGAGCGGCGGCGGGAGGAGCUGCAGGCGCUGCAGGGCAAGGGCGAGGGGGGCGACUCUGUGAGCCUGUGGCUGCCGGAUUCGGGGUCGGGUGGGAAGAAAGGCGUCUGCAGCAAGUGGACGUCCAAGGACUCCAAUGGCCACACAAAAGUGUACUCGGAGAAGGCGAAGAAGGCGGCGGCGGCGCGGCUGGAGGGGUCGCUGCUGUUCUCCCUGGACGAGCUCGUGGCCGCCACCAACGGCUUCCACCCCACCACGCUGCUCGGUCGCGGGGGCUUUGGCCACGUCUACCACGGCGUGCUGCCCGCCGUGGACGGCGGCGGGGGGGAGGGGCAGCCGGGCGAGGAGGGCGAGGCGGUGGCGAUCAAGGUGCUGCACUGGGAGGAGGGCGAGCAGGGCGCGGGCGGGCAGGGCGAGCGCGAGUACGAGACGGAGGUGGACCUGCUCAGCCUCGUGCGCCACCGCCACCUGGUGCGCCUGGUGGGCUUCUGCAGUGAGGCGCAGCACCGCAUGCUCGUGUACGAGUACAUGCCACGUGGCAGCCUGGCGCAGCACCUGCACGGCGGGCAGGAGGCACGUCUGCCAUGGUCCACGCGCGUGCGCAUUGCACUGGGCGUGGCGCGCGGGCUGGCGUACCUGCACGAGGGGUGUGUGCCGCGCAUCGUGCACCGUGACAUCAAGCCGUCCAACAUCCUGCUGGACGCCAACAUGGAGGCGCGCAUCGCUGACUUCGGGCUCGCCAAGAUGCUGCAGGACCACGAGAGGGAUGUCGCCACCCGGGUGCAGGGCACGUGGGGCUACGUGGCGCCGGAGUACCUGGGGGGGUCAGCGGUGAGUGAGAAGGUGGACGUGUAUGCCUUCGGCGUGCUGCUGCUGGAGCUUGUCACCGGCCGCUCGCCCCUCGGCGACUCCAAGCUCGUCACCUGGGCGGAGGACGUGGUGGCAAAGGGGCAGCUGGGCGCGCUGGUGGACCCGCUGCUUUUCGGGGACUACAACGAGGUGGAGCUGAGGGGCCUCGUGCACAUCAUCUUCCUCUGCAUCAACCACCACCCCGACCACCGCCCCGCCAUGACCCAUGUGGUGCAGCUGCUGGAGGGCGAGGCGGCAGCGCAGGCAGCAGGGGGGCAGAUCACGCUGCCCCACAUCACUGUCUCCCUGCCGCAGUCCACCCUCCCCCACAUGAGCCCGCCGCAAAUCUGACCUGCCACUGCUCGCACGUCUGCGAGCAACAGCAGUAUGAAGCUGGAUGUGGAGGACGGUAGCUCGUCAGGAAGUCUGAGGAAAGGAAGCUUGAGCUGACUUGUUGCAAGCUGCGCCUUAGGUGAUAAUAAAGUGAUCUAGCAGUCAUUGAAUGUUAAUUUCAUUCAUCUUAUUCCUCUCUUGAUUGAGCAUGCUAUUUCCGUUUUAUUUCGCUUUCUUGAAACAAUGAAAUGUCUUUAUUGGUGUGAUCCCCUGCUAUUAAAAGUCUCCCCCUUGC